CCAUUCUCUCACGUUCCAAUGCCUAUACAUGGAUGGACAUCCACACCGAAGAGAGUGUCUGCAUUCGAGAUAUAUGAAAUGCUCUUAAUAUUUUACAUUAUCAUGGAUUCUUGUACCAUAAGUAAACAGAGCUUUCAUCACAGGGUAUGUGCUUGAACCACCAAUCGGAUGAUCAAACCCAAAAAUCUUCUUCAUUAUUUGCUUAGCAAAGCCUGAAACCAGGGCCGGUUCAAGUAUGAAACCUGUGCAAGAUUUCUCCUCUUCAGAUUCUCUCAUCGGCAUCCACUGUCAAGUGUCAAGAACCCUUGCCGUGUCAGAAGAAAGUCCUUUUACCAGACUGUCCGAUGAUUUGCUGGGUGCCGAGAAAACCUCUAAAAACCGCCAUUUUAUAGAAUCUUGAAUCUUGCUUGAGUAUUAGUUUUCUGAAUCAAAAUGGAUGUGGAUGUUUGUGUGUAGAUACGGAGAUGUGUCAGAAGAAGUUUUGCUGAUAACUUCCUUAUUUGGAUGGGUGACCUACAGAAGCACGUGGUUUUGGCUCUCAGAUUACUAAAACCAGGACUUUUAGAGUGUACACUCUUAAUGUUGGGUUGUUGAGAAGUAAUGUACAUACAUGUCCUACAUGACACAAAACCAGACCAAUUAUCCACAUGGUUCUGUCUUCAUAACCUGAUAAGAUUGUCUAAAGAACCGAAAGCCCAAUGAACAUUAUAUAAUAUAUCGCAGAAACUCAAAACAGUAUGCCAACUUGAUGGGCACUCCUUCACAAGACUUUUUGCUAAAUCUCAUCUCUUUGAACAAGUUUUUGAUGGACCCAGAAGCUGUCUCUAAGAAGAGAACAAGAAGUAACGAGAGCUGAAGAACAGGACCACAUGACAAGGCUAUAUAAGAUAGAAGAAGCUUGGAUCUUUCUGUGGCUGAAGUCAAUGCUGGUAUCACACAAUCCACCUACCUAUCAUGACCAUGUGUACUUGUCUACAAAAAAUAUAUUAAGCUUCUUCAUCACAUCAAUGUGCAAAUUGUUCUGCAAUGCAUCAACAAUGUUCUUGAUGAGAAGACAAAAGACAAAAACCAGUCAAAGGGCAUAGUUUAAACAUCAUUAUAUCUAUAAAUUCUCCUUACCCCCAUCCUCAACCUUCAACAAAUUCUCACAGUUUCUCAGCACUACAAGAAAAACAGAUCAUCAUCAUCAUCAUCUAUAGCAAAAACAGAGCAUCAGAAUCCAUGGCUAUCAGGCAAAUCAUCAGGCAAGCAAAGCUGUUCUCUGCGUCAAACUCUGCUGCUGUCCCAAAGGGACACCUUGCUGUUUACGUUGGCGAAACCCAGAGGAAGAGAUUCGUGGUUCCGAUAUCAUUCUUGAGUCAGCCUCUGUUUCAAGAUUUGCUAAAGAAAUCCGAAGAAGAGUUCGGGUUCGAUCAUCCUAUGGGAGGGCUCACCAUUCCUUGCAGCGAAGAAACCUUUGUCGAUCUCACAUCUCGACUAAACAGUUCAUAACACAUACACAGGAGAAUAUACAU